AUGAGAUCUGUGGUCAAUGUCAGCCAGAUUAAUUCGCGGGAUGGCAUUAGAAUGGAGGAGGUAAUUCCGAAAUCCGAACCCAACCCUGAGGGUUCUAGCAGUUCAUCAGUCUCAACACCAGAACCAGAUGGUGAAACCGUCAUUCAAGACGCUGCCCAGCGGCAGAAGCGAAAGGGAGGCCGCAAGCCGAUAUAUGCCACCUCCGAAGAGCGGAAGCAAAGGAAUAGACAAGCGCAAGCGGCUUUUCGUGAACGACGCACCGAGUAUAUAAAACAGCUGGAGACUACCAUCAAACACAAUGAGGAAACCCUGCAAUCGCUGCAGCAGAGCCAUCGUAGCGCCGCUGAUGAGUGUCUUAUGCUCCGCUACAAGAACUCGCUACUGGAGCGAAUUCUGUUGGAAAAAGGCAUUGAUGUUCAGGCUGAGCUGCGUAUGAAAAGUGGCAGUCCCGAUGUGCCACCAGCCAAACCUGCUAGACAACCCAUAAGCCAAAAUUCCCCUCUUUCACGAACCGCUAUCAACAGACAGUCUGUCAAUCGUCACAAGGUCGGAAUGCCACAAAAGCUUGACCAUUCUAAUAUCUCACAGGCACAUCGUGAGGAUUCCUAUACACUGAGAUCCCCGCAAUUGCAUCCCACGCCCAUCUCUCAUGGCUCGUCGCCUUCCACCGCUAAGUCCCCCGGCUUCAGCCUGCAAGGCGGCAUGUCACCGUCUGGUACGGAAAUGCAUCCCCAGCAGCAACAAAAUAUCCCCCAGCUGCACCAGCGCCAACGACCGCCAUUAUUAUCCCCGAUCGGCGGCUAUAACGGCAACGGUAACGGUACGAACGGCCACCACACAAUUUCAGUCCCUCCCUCCGAUCCCGCCACGCCAACGACGGCUGCCCAACCACACACUCCAUCGGGGAGUGUGGUGAACGCGAACGGGAUGGGUUCAGGCUAUUAUCUUUCACCGUUCCAAAGGCAUUAUGACCAAUUAGAACAGGAAUAUGACGCCCAAGCCGACAUGCUCGAUGAACAACAACCCGACCCUGACGGCUCCGGAGAAGGUGCCUCGUACACGCCCGAUUACCACGAGCCGCGACCACUGAGCGCCCGAGCGCAGCCACAGACUCAGACUCAGUUGAGCGAGCAACGGAUUGCUGCUGCCGCUACUGCUGCUACUCAUGUUGCUACUACCACCGUCGACAUGCCAACCCGCGAAGAAACAGAAGCCUUUGUACGGGGCGAUUCGUUCUUCGAUCACUUCGAUCCCAUGCUGGAUGCGGAUCCAUUUGGCCUGACGGCAAGCAUGCACUUCCAGACUCCGUUCAGCUACACCCAGAGCCAUGCACGGCCAUGA